AUGAAGAAGGAUUACGAGCCAAGCGCAAGUGACAACACCAAAAUCGAUGAUGUAGCGAGUAAGACGCCAUCUCUUACGAAUAUUAGCAAUGUUGAUCUCUUAGCCAUAGAGAUUUGCAACCUGGCUGGACAGAAUAAUGAUCAAACUCCUAAAGCUUCAUCACCAGUAAUUCAAGAGGCCACAAAAGGAAGACCGAGAAUUAAUGACGGAAAGAAAAUUUAUGCAUCUAGCAAGAAAAAAUAUCGGAUAAUUUCAACACAAAAGGACAGUCCCCAGCAAAUUAAAAAUUCUAAACUUGGUUUGGGACCGUUAAAAUUUUUAAAAACCUCCCACGUUGAACUCCUGGCUAGAUCAUUUACUACGCAGUCUAAAACAAUGGAUGAUUUCCAAGAAGAGCUUUGCUCCACUUUCAGAUCGAUGAUGGGCAGGCUUAGAGCAUAUCGUGGAAACCUGACGGUAAUGAUUAAUUUUGGUCGUAUAAUGAUAUCCAAACUACACGAUAAUUUUAUUGCAAAGAGAAACAUUAAUGAGAAAAUAUUUCAUGUCGAUGAAGCCCGAAAGGUUUUGAGAGAUUUAGAGUUUAAUUCCAACUCACGAUUUACGAAUAUCCUAACUUCUUCAACUAGUGAUAUAAAAAAUAUUAUCUCGAUGAAACAUGAUGAUGGACAGGAGUAUUGGGAUACUAAGAAAAUUGAUAGUUCAUUAGUAUACCAACUUCAUUUUCUUGACUCGAGUGAUAGCUUGAAUGAAAAUUUUUUCGUCGAAAUUGAUGCAGAAACAUUUACGAUUCAGGUUAAGUCUAUCUCUGACUUGGGUACAAUCUAUGUUCACGGAGUCAAAAGAUUUUGGGACUUUUGUAUAUCGGCCCUUGGAGAUAAAAAAGACUCUAGCCUUGAAAUUUUACAUCGAGAACUGGUGGAAAUGAUUUCCGACUCUUUAUUUAUUCCGCCAGAUAUCACGUGUGAAAUUAAAGGGUCAUUAAAAUUCCGCUACUCACUAGAGGAAGUCAACGUACGUCAUGUCGUUCGUUACCCAAGCAAAGAUAACAAUUCAAUACUCCAAAUUGUGGAGGUUCGAUGUCUUGAUGUAUCAUUACGAGAUUCCCCUCAAACGGAAUCAGUUAUUUACCAUGCAGUAUCUUCUAAUACGAAACGUGAAAACAAUGACCAAAGUCUUGGUUUAUGGUUUGAGGUUUCAAUUGGCUGUAGAGAACUAAACGAUUAUCUGUCUCAAAACCAAAAACUAGAGCUUGGAGAUUUAGUUAAUUGGACACCAGAAAGCUUGGAUUUGCUUUCAUUAGACCAGUACAUGUUUAUCCCUGCAUGUAAAAUAUUAGAAAAACUUGACGGGGUUGGAAGCCUUAAUGACAAUAACUACAACAACAAAAGAUUGAACUUGACUAGGCAAGAUAAUCUACUGCUGGCUGAGCCAGCUUCUUACUGGUAG